AUUCAUAACUGCAGACGUCCUGAAAAGUGGGUUCUAGAGGUACAUAAAACCUUUCAGUAUUGGAGACAUAAACACACAUACAAACAGUGAUGGAUGAGUAUCAGGACCAGGGGCUGAUUCAGCGUGUGCCAAGCCAAGAAACCGUCGUGAACCGCGGUGGCACAGGGAGCUCCAAUGCAAAGGCACUGAAGGUGACCGGACUGACGGUCCUGGCCUGUCUUCUGCUGGCGGGACAGGGGCUGACCGCGUACCUCGUCUGGGGUCAGAAGGAACAUAUCAGCGCUCUGACCACCGGCCAGGAGAAGCUGAAGACGGAGCUCACCAGAAAGAUGUCCGGUGCUCCUCCAAAGGCGAUGCAUCUUCCCAUGAAGAGCAUGCCACUGCUGAAGGAUUUCUCUGAUGAGUCCUCUGACCAGACCUCCAAGAAGAGCAGCGUUCCUCUCACUAAACUGCAACCAAUUUUCACAAACCAGAAAGAGAGCACCGGACAACUGGAUGCUGUCAGAAGGAAGAUGCAGCUGCCAAUGGCGAGCCUGCCACUGCUGGUGGACGCAGAUGAGGAGGUGAAGAGCACUCCUGAAUCAGCUGUUGAGGUUCAGAGUAAGUGUCAGCUGGAGUCUCAGAAGGAGAUGAAACCCGGCUUCUACAAGCCUAAGUGUGACGAGCAGGGCAACUAUCAGCCCAUGCAGUGCUGGCACAGCACCGGAUACUGCUGGUGUGUGGAUAAAAACGGCAACGAGAUCUCCGGCACAAAAGUUCGUGGAAAAAGACCCGCUUGCAGUUAAGUGUGAAUCAGCACGUCCAGCAGUAAAGAGAAAAACUCCAGGCCUAUCAGCUGUCUCCUUUUUCAGCUCCUGAGGAUCAAUGGAUGAUAUUUGAUGGAAAUAAUCUAAUAACUUUUCUACUAAAGAUCUCUUUUUCCGAUCUGUGUUCAGAAUAGAUUAACAUUUGCAGCAUAUUAGCACUGGGCUAACCCUUAUUCUAUUAAUAUCUUCUGUGUGAUACCAUUUCUCUGUUUUACUUUGAACUCACAGCGUGAUGUUAGAGGUAGCAUGAAUAAUUUUGACUGUAAUUAAACACAUGCUGUUUCCAAAUAA